CUAUGGCUGCAUGGUUCUGCCUUUGCCUUUCCCAAGAUGGGAAAAAUAUUACAAAAAAAAGUGAUUUGUUUUGUGUUGUCUCAGAGCAAAAAGUAUCUGUGAUUCUCGGAGAUUUAUGUGGAAUUAAUUACAAUACAAUUAUAAACAAAAACAUUUAUAACUAAUGUAUAAGCAGUAAAAAGACCCAACUGAUAAUCUCUUCAGUCGUAUUUUACACAAAAAUGCUAUCGUCACUAAUAAAAGAUCAUCAAACAAAACAAGCUGCAAAAAGAGUGGUUCAAGAACAAAAGCGAAAAGAAUGUAUUGCAGCUGCCAAUGACCUAACUCAAGCACUUGUCGAUCACCUUAACGUUGGUGUGGCUCAAGCUUAUUUAAAUCAAAAGAAACUUGAUGCUGAAGCGAAACUACUGCAUCAGGGAGCCAUAAACUUUGCAAAACAAACACAACAGUGGUUAGCUCUCGUGGAAAAUUUUAGCAGUGCAUUGAAAGAAAUUGGUGAUGUCGAAAAUUGGGCACGAAGCAUUGAAAAUGAUAUGAAAAUUGUUACAGAUACAUUGGAAAGAGCAUAUGAAAUGACUCAAGAACAGCCUACUAAUAGUCAGUAAAUUAUUCUUUAAUGAAAUUUGUUUUAUAUAUAUAUAGACAACCUGUCACUGAUAUAAUAUAUACCUUAAUAUCUAAGUGUGUAAGGUCAAAAAUAAUACAGGGGAAAAUUUGUUUUAUUAUUAAUAAAUCUUAAGAACAUUUUAUUUGCCAGAAAAGCCAUAGACAUAGAAAAUGGACUGAGCAUUCUCUCUUCAACUGUAUAGUAGAAUUGAGCAGAUACAUGUGUGAAAACAAAGCAAUUGUAUGGCCAAAAGUUUGUAUAGGUAGUAAAUUUUAUGAUUGGUUGUUCAGUCUUCUCUAGAUUUCUGGGGAAAGCCUUAUAUUAAAACAAAGCAGUUUAUAAUAUUUGAUUAAAUGAAAUUUAAGGCGCAGAAUAAAAUUUUCAUAGCAUUUUUGGUACAGCACCAUAGCAAUCCCAUUUAUUAUCAAUAAAUUACCCAAUGUAUAGAUUCAUAUCUUUGUCAUUUUUCUUUUAAAGCAUUCACCAAUUAAAGGUCGCAGACUUCUGGUCUACCUUUUUUUAUUGGAAGUGUAAAGAGUACUUGCACCUAUCAAUCGGGCUACUACUAGCCUAGUAUUGUAAAUGGUGCAAUCAUUUCUAAGGAGGGGUGAUUUCACGUAUAAAACUUUAUAUUAUUUGCUUCUAAUUAUGCAGAGUUAUCGUUUAUAAUUACAAAACCAACAAUAUCACAAGCUGAUUAAUUAAUACAGAGUCAAUUAGGUAUGUACCUACUAACGAAUAAUAGGUUAUUUUUUAUUAUGUUAAUACCGCCGGCGUACUUGUAUGUUGCGGCAACAAAUACUAUGCCGAAAUCGGCAUACCCGAGCUUUCACCGAGCCAGUCAACCUGACAGUUGUGUUGUGUAUGAGGUGUACACAUACUGAAUGUUUUAUUAAAAUUUGGUGCUAAUCGAAAGUAAAAUGCCAGUUUAUGUAGUGAAAUAAUACAUAACAAGGACGCUGGGAUCACAUAACAUCAAUAAGUAUAAAAAUUCGAAAUUUCAACAUAAAAUAACAUAAACCUUAAACGUCAUUCAGGUGUUGCCGCGUAAUCCGCAUAUACAAGAAUGAAGUCCCUAUGGUUGCGAUUUUUAUAAUGUGAAUUUAUUGUAAAACCCCUUCCACACGACACAAUUUGAUUGCCGAUUGAAUUGGGUACAAUCUGGUCGUCCGUCUACACAUACACAACAAGAUCGCCAAUUUCAGUUUUAUUUGUUGCCUCUGCUGAACGGACUUGUUUGUAUUAGGAUGCCUCUUACCAAGAAGCAAAAAAUUGGAUUAAUCUUGGCUCUAACUACAAAUGUAGAUGAGAAAAAAAGAAAAAGAAGACUGUGGACAAAACAAUGGUUAUUAAAAAGAAAGCAAUUGAGGACUUAAAUGUAGUUAUAUUAUAUUUAAGUGACUCAAUUAAUAAACUUAAAUGUAGUUAUACUUAAAGAGUAAUAUUUUUAAAGAAAAUAUAACUAGAAAAAAUUCCACGCGGACCAUGCAGCAGACGGGACUCGAACCCGCACCCUUCGAAAACCCUUUAAAAUAUAACUGAGUUAUAUUUUCUUUAGAUUUAAACAUCAAGCAGUUACAUGCUUUAAAAAUAAUAAAAAUUGUAACUAUAAUUGCUAUUUCUUUUUUCAAAUGUUUAAUACUUGUAAAAGUAUUCAUUUGACAUUGUAGGUUACCUAUAAUGCGAAGAGAUGGCGCUGCCUUGCAACUUAAGAAUGGCUGGAAGAAUUUCGACGCGGUCCGUGAGGGCCGUGGUAGCAUAAUUGGUCAGUGCAUGCGCCCAGAUUGCGAAGGGUGUGGGUUCGAGUAGUUAUAUUUUCAUUAGAUUUAAACAUCAAGCAAUUACAUGCUUAAAAAUAAAAAUUAUAAAAAAAUAUAUAUAAUAUUAUUUCUUUUUUACCCCAGCAUGCGCGCAUAUCAUUGAGUAGAAUAUAAAUUUAAUUAAAUGAUUUUUUAUUUUCAAUAACAAAUAACUGCCUGGUCCGCGUGGAUUUUUUUCUAGUUAUAUUUUCUUUAGAUUUAAACAUCAAGCAGUUACAUGCUUUAAAAAUAAUAAAAAUUAUAACAGUAAUAUUUUUAACAAUAUUUUCCCACUUAUUCCGCAAAAUCUCUAAGGAAUUAUGCCUUGCUUGUUCAUUUUUAUAUAAUGGGUUAGACACAUCCCAAAGGCAUGGCAAGUCUUAACAUAUAUCUAAAAUCUCCUCCAUUACUUCCCGUUCAGAUCGAAUAGACAUAAUAUUGUCGUCAUGUUGCUCCAUCUUCUUCUCAAAAGACAAGUCAACGCACACACCCGCUCUGAACGCCCGCUUGCACAGUUGGCCAGUUAGCGUCCACACCACCCAAUUUGAUUGGGCAAUCCCGAAUCGGGCGAUACCGACCAUCCAAUGAAUCCAUCCAACCUUCAAUUUCAUAUUUCCGUCCACACAACACAAUUCGAUUGUCAAUCUAAUCAAAUUGGACCUAAAAUUGUAUCGUGUGGAAGCUAUUUUAGUGUAUUUAAUUAUUGAACCUAUGUCACAGAAUAUAUACACUACGCGAAAAGAAGCGACACUUAAGCAUGUGUGCUCGUAAAAUCGCCCGCGGCUAUGUGUGGGUGUCUGGAGGUGCGCGGGGGCGUUGCGCGGCGCGCGGGACGUGGAGAGGGCAGUCGCCGACUGCCUCGACCGAAGGCAUGGCAGUAGCGAAAUAGUAAAAUAAUAGCGUUGCACUGAAUUGCACACACAGACUGACUACGCUACGCCAUGUUAUUAUUAUUUAGAUAAUAAUAAGAAUUAUAAAAAAAAAAACGAAAAAGGAGAAAAUAUAUAGAAGUUAGCAAUUUGUUAUAGUACCUACAUU